AGUCAAGUGUACGCGCGGACAGCGAGAACCUACGAAAAAGCACAAUGGUUGUGGAACUGUACAACGCUCCGGGAAGCCCGCCAUGCACAUUCGUCAGGGUUGUAGCCAAGAAACUGGGCGUCGAACUCAAGUUGAACAACUUUAACCUCAUGGCCAAGGAGCACCUAAACCCCGAGUUUGUCAAGUUGAACCCGGUGCACACCGUCCCCACAAUCAACGAUAAUGGUUUUGUUCUUUGGGAAAGCCGUGCCAUUGGCAUGUACCUGGUGGACAAGUAUGCUCCGGAGUCCACGCUGUACCCGAAGGACUUGCAGAAGAGAGCCACUGUCAACAGGCUGCUCUUCUUUGAGUCCGGCACCUUGUUGUCGGCACAGAUGGCAUACUUUCGGCCUAAGUGGUUCAAGGGUCAGGAACCGACAUCAGACCUGAAGGAGGCGUAUGAUAAGGCCCUUGGCACCGCCGUAACGCUGCUGGGAGACAAGAAGUUCCUGUGCGGCGACAACGUCACCCUGGCGGACAUUGGUCUUGCCUGCACGUUGGGAGUAGUGAUUGAGGGAGCUGAGUACGAUGGCCUUGAGAAGUUCCCCCAGUUGAAGGAGUACUACCAGCGCUUCAAGAAGGCCCUCCCCGAGUACGAACAGGUUGCUGCCGAAGCCCUGAAGCUUAUCCGGGACAUGGUGGCUCGCGCAAGGAGCGGACAGCACCCUCAUGGUCCUCCGAAGUAAAUCACCAUAUCAUCACAAGAAAGAAAAGAAUCUUUCGUUUGCUGUACAUGAUUGAGAAUCGAGUGCUCACUAGUAAACAAAAAUACCCGACGCUUA